AUUAGCACUAAAAAUGCCAAGUGCAGGGAACAUGGAUCUAUGGAAUCUAUUCACGGUUAUGAAUAUGCAGAGAAAUUGAUGUCAAAUCGACCAAGAAGUGUUUACCGGCACAUCACUUGCGAUUUCUCAUUCCUCGGCCAACCUAAACAGGAUGUAGCAAGCAUCGGGGUUUUGCGCAGGAAGAAAAAAAUCGCAUAUUAUCCGAGCGUGCUUUUUUUUUUGGCAUUUUCAAGUCUCACGCCGGCGGGAAUCCUCAGCUUUAUAAUGGAGCCAAACAAUGGUGUUAAGGUGAAUGUUGGUCGCGUCGUAAUCAAUGUAAGCGGAGCGAUCUUCGAAGUAAGCGAAAGCAAGUUGCUGCAUUUCCCUCAGUCGCUACUGGGCUGCCCUCAGAAACGGAGCAAAUAUUUUGACUCUCAGCGCGAGGAGUAUUUCUUCGAUCGUCACCGACAAGCAUUCGAGGGUAUACUGUUUUACUAUCAAAACGAAGGGAGAUUAGUUUAUCCGGACAAUGUGCCAUCAGAAGUUUUUGAUGAAGAAGUUAAGUUUUUCAUGCUCCCCGUUGAGCCAAACAGCUGUGAGAAGUUGGAAAGGGUUAUACUCGGCGAUUACAACCGCUCGCGUCCUCUGAAUAUUUGGCAGAGGACACUCUGGGAAUUGUUUGAGUUUCCCAAUUCAUCGCUGGCUGCAAAAAUUCUGGCAGUUCUCUCGCAGGUGUUUAUUAUCGUAUCUUUAGUAGGUUCUUGUCUGAAAACUGUCGAAUCGCUUCAACCAGAGCGUACCAAGGUGAUAGAAAACUUUCAGAACCAUAACAAGUCUGUUUACCGAGAUUUAACGCCGUCUGAGUUACAUGACGAUGACUGGUUUUCAUUCGAUCUUGUUUGCUACAGUUGGUUCACCUUGGAGUGUGCUGUGCGGUUACUCGCGUCCCCAAACAAAAGCGAAUAUUUCAAAUUGCUUCCGAAUUGCGCAGAUUUUGCUACGAUCUUGGUUUUUUAUUUGGAACUCAUUGUGAAAAUGGCUUGGCCCUCGGCCACCGUGGUGGUCCGUUUACUGGAAACUUUUGCGGUCAUUCGAAUAUUAAAGUUAGUACGAUACUGCGAGGGAAUGAAAAUCCUGGUUAUUACUGUCGUAUCAGGCAUCAAAGACCUAGGCCUUUUGGUAACGUUCGCCACAACCUUUGUUAUUUUGGGCUCGAGUGCGGUAUUUUUUGUAGAACUGAACGAGCAGGAUGAUAGUGACUUUAAGAGUAUUCCCGAUGCAUUUUGGUGGGCGAUAAUAACAAUUUGUACAGUUGGUUAUGGCGAUAAAGUUCCUGUCACAACACCGGGAAAGUUUAUGGGGGCUAUCUGCGCUGUACUUGGUACUGUAACAGUUGCUCUGCCUCUGUUCCGCUUCGCUGCGCAUUUUCGCACGAGUAUCGAACACUCCUCUUACAUUCUACCGCGUCGCGAUAGAAAAGUUUCUUCUUCGAGACGAAAAAGUCGAUGAAAUAGCUUUGAUAAUUCGUUUUAGAGAUGAUUUACGCUCUAUAUUUCAUGUAAUUUCUAACUUAGCGACAAUGAAAAUUUAGAUUAAAAGGAGAAAAAUAGAUUCUACACACGAACAGGACACCGAGGCGAUAUGAUUUUAUGCAAAAAGAUCAUUAUGUCAAGAAUAAGAAAAUAUUAAUUUGAAAAGAGAUUUUGUAUGGUGAAUAAAGUGACAGGUCACAUUGUAAUAUGCAUUUAAGAACCGCAAUCGAGUUGGCCAUUUUCCGGAAAUGACAUGUUCUGUAAAUUACGCUUUCAUUUCAAAGAUGAUUAUCAUAUUUUUAAUAUCAUGCAAGCGUCCUUGUGACAUACAGUUUAUCAAAGCCGAUGAUUAAUGUUGAAAUUUCCAGUGAGGAUUUUUCAUAGGUUCUUGGCUUUGAUUAGGAAAAAAAACCGCACAAUAUUAAGGGACAUGUAUGGCAUUACUGUAGACACUACAUGUCACCGCUAAAAGCGAUUGUAUACUAAAUUUGAGUUUUGUUUUCGAGACAAAGCUUCUGUCCUGUGUUUCCCAAAACAAAGACAAAACAUGGAGAAGCCAAGCUGACAUAAGUGUUUGUUUUGAAAUGAAAUUCACAUCGCUGCGAGAAAACCUGUUUUCUGAACCAAUUGUGGUGUUUAUUUUAAUGAGCUACAAUUUCUUCUUUCCUCUAUGACUUUAGGGCAUUUCUUGUAUCUUCAAACCCGAUCAGUAAUAUUUUUUUUCUUAUUCAAGAUUGGACGCGUGUACGGUUGCCUUUGUCGUGGCAGUAACUAAGUUGUGUGAAAGACGUUUAUGAAAAGUUUUCAUUUGAAAUAUCACAAGAGUAAACCUAAUAAUGGUGAUGUUGACAGCGAAAUUAAAGCGAAAAGCUCAUUUAAUCAAGCAACACCCUGAAGGGACAAGACUAGACAUUUCUGGUUUUCAUUAUAUUUCUAAACCUGAUGUUCGUUUUCACCGGUACGAUUUCCAUAACAAAGAGCCUCUUUUGAGCGUUUUAGACUGAGGGAAUUCUCGUGCGAAUAGGUUAAAGAAUACUCCGAUUGGUUAAAAACCGCAGGAUUUUAGAACCCAGUUAUAUUCAAUUGACUAUGAUAGUAAUACAUAUUAUUCGUAACGUUGCAAACCUUCAUUUAUUUUAUUUUAAUUAAACUCUGUUUUGAUGUUAUGGUGGAGAGACGGUGAAAUAGCAUCGUGCGCAACGGGGUAGCUGUAACUUUAUCGUCAAGUAAUUUUGAUGAGUAAAGCUUGAAAUUCAAGUUAAUCACUUGUAGACCAGAGAUACAAGGCAAAAAUAUAUUAUUAAAUAAAUUGACA